AUGUCUCAACCCCCUAGCUAUACAGCAGAUAAUUCCCCCCCAUCUUAUGAGGCCCUGGUAAAGCGCUUUGAAGAUGCAGUCGGCUCCAACCCAACCCCAGAAAAAUACCUCAGCGUUGCUGAUACUUUCACGACUGAGGAGAUCACUAUUCUCGCUGAUGGCUCAGAAAUUGUCCCCCCCCCGGUUGACAGUGAUGAGGAAAAGGCCAAGUUCAAGGCCUCAGCCGCUAGCACGCGGGAAACUGAGAUCUUCAAGGCUGUAAUGAAGGCUGCUUCUGAGGGGGCUACUGUGGCUGCCUUUAGGCUACGCAGCAUGCUUCAGGAAAUUCAUCUGAAGAUCAUUGAGCUUGAUCGCAUUGAACGGUCUGGCUUUGAGCCAGAGAUGAGGGGAUUUGUCUUGGAGUAUGAUGCAAUUCUCAGGAUUAUCAGCAUUGCAGCGGCAGAAAUCAAGGCAGAUGGAGGUCGCUUCGAUGUGAUGCUGAUUCCUGUCUGUCUAAACCCCGAUGUCUCUAAUACCACGAAGAGAACAUUACUACUUCGCUUUAUUGCUGACGCCGAAAAUCAUGAACAAACAUCACAGGAAGCUCAAGACCGACUGCGUACUUUAAAAACCAAUUUGAUCAGCUUUGUGACCCGGUUUGACGAUUGGGGGAAAGAGAGGGAAGGCGAACUCGAGCAACAAAUACAGGAUCUGCAGGAAGAGAUUAACCAGCUUCGAGAUGAAAUUCUGAAAGCUACCAAGGACAUUGAAACUCUCCAGGCCAUCCAAAAGAUCUUUGCCAGCAUGUCCCUGUUUGCUCUAAUCUUCAGUGGCCCAGUGGCUGCAAUUAUCGCAAUCGGCGGAAUGAUCGGUGUGGCUGGCACAGCAAUCGCCAUCGCUGCUAAGAACAAACUAAUUGAACAUUUGAAUCACAACAUCCUAGGGAAGGAAGGUGAUAUUGAUAGAGCGCGUGAAAAGAUUGUCAUCAUCCAGAACACACGCGCCGGACUCACCAUGUUACGGGACACUAAUUUGACCUCUAUCUCCGAGGAUGUGAAUCUGCUGGAUAGUUUCUGGAACAGAGCAAAGCAAGACGCAUAUUCGCUAUUGAGAUAUGUAGAUGGCGACACCGAGUCUGAAUAUGUUGAGGAUUACUUGGAAUUCGGACUCGAAACCUAUAAGGACCUGGCUGAGUAUAUUGGGGACUUUGGACGAUCCAUCACCAACACCAUGACAGAGAUAGGAAUUUAG